AUGAGUUAUUUCCUUGGUAUGGAAAUAUACCAAGGUCCAAGGGAUAUAUUUUUAUGCCAAAAGAAGUAUGCAAAUGAAGUGUUGAAGAAAUUCAGCAUGGGCAACUGUAAACCAGUGGAUACCCCAUUGGUCCCAAGCCAAAAGCUAAGCAAAGAAGAUGGUGCAAAGAAGAUAGAUGAAGGUGUGUAUAGAAGCUUGAUAGGUUGCUUACUGUAUCUAAUAGCAACCAGACUUGAUCUCAUGUACACCACCAACCUGUUAUCUAGGUUCAACAGUAAACCAAGUGAAAUUCAUUUCAAGGCUGCAAAAAGAGUGCUGAGGUAUGUUAAAGGCACUAUAGAACUUGGAAUCUGGUUUAGAAGAUCUGAAAAGUUUAGUUUAAUAGGUUACUUAGACGAUGAUUGGGUUGGUUCGAUUGAUGAUAUGAGGAGCACCUCAAAGUAUAUAUUCUUCUUGAAUUCUGGAGCAUUCAAUUGGUGGUCCAAGAAAAAAGAGAUGGUAGCUCAACCUAUGGCUGAAGCAUAG